AUUUUUAUCCGCUGUAAGCGUACGACAUUUUUUAUGUUAGAAAUAAAUGAUUUAAAUAAAAAAACAUGAAUCGUAAUAAUCGGUACUCUGUUAAUACCCCUAAAAGCAGUAAUCACAGUAUUAUCACAAGAAAGGAUUCAAGCGAAUUAUCAAAAGAAGAUUUAAAUAAACUAUCUGUAAAUGAUACUCUUACCGAAAAAGAUAUACGCAGUUUAAUUUAUGAAAGUGAUUCGGAAGAUAACUUAUGUGAAAGUGAUAAUGAAGAUGUUAAAAAGAAACGAAAUAAAAAAACAUCGGAUCCCUUACAUAAAUGUGGCAACGAUCAUAUUUCUAGUGACAACAAUUAUCAGAAAUGUGCUCUGAAUGUGGACGACCAAAAUGAAUCUCGUAAACUUUCUACAAACGAUAAAUUGAAACAAAUUGCUAGAGAGAAUGAAAUGUUAACGAAAAAAAUUUUAGCACAACAAAAACCGAAGAAAAAAAUUAAUGAUAUUGGUAUAACUAGAGUUCAAAGUAAUGCUGCUGUUAAUCGAAAAAAGGCACAAUGGAGUAUUGACAGAACUAAUCAGAUUUUAUAUAAGAAAAUUCAAACAGCCAAGCCCAGUGGACUGAGUAUUAGAAAAGGUGUAACACUUGGUCGAAAUACAAAACUGACUGUUUAAGUAGCAUAAUUUAUAAGAAAAAGCCAAAUUUAUUAAAAUACUUAUAUAUUUUUUAAA